UCGCUUCCCCGCCCAUCGCUUCCCAUCGCUUCCCAAGCCGUCUCCUGUGCUUUUGCUUCUCCGAUCGGUCCUGCUCGCCAUCCCCCUCCUUUCUUGCUCGCGCUGCUCAGUCUCUCUAUCGCCUUCCUUUUUGUCUGUGUUGGUUCGCCUCAGUACCAACGCCCUUUCUUUCCCGCCGGGUCCAAUAGUCGGUGCCGUCUCUCAAUCGUCCCAUCCGGCCUCGCCUGCCAUCUUUCUGCCCUUUCUGCUCUCCAAACUCUUCACCACCGGCAUCCCCAGCCAGAUCCCCUUUCCUCGCCAUCGCUGCUCGAUCGCCAAAGCACUCAUCCUGCCCACGGCACCAGCCAAUCGCCCUUGAGCCGCUAUCCCCUCGUCCUUCUCCACUUCCAAAGUCACCCUCUUGCUCCAUUCUGUCCAGACACGCCAACCAUGAGCAAGUUUGUCGAUUCGUCCUCUCGCCAGGUCUCACCAGGCUACCGACUCUCGCUCUAUCCGGAGCAACAGCCCUAUACCCUCCCGCAGCCAGUAUAUAAUCCUGCAUACUUUGACUCGCCAAGACACACCUUGGCUGAUCCCCGGUGGCGACUGGAGGAUGAUCCAGUGCUGGCCAUGGCCGUCGACACGCUGCUUUCGCUCAGACGAGCCGGCCCGCUCCAGACCGCCCCAGUUUACACACUUGCUCCUCUCGAACCCAAGCCACCUCGGCCAGAGUCUCGGCCUGACGCUCCUGUGCCCGUCGACGCCAAGGUCACCAAGACCAAGCAGGGCAGCGGCAUCUCCAAGGCCCGUCGGUCAUCAAACAGCAGCACCUCGGCUGGUUCGGGCGGAAAGCGCCGCGGCAGCAACCCCAGCAGCACCGGCACCACGGGCACAAGCGGCGGCGGCGGUCACGGUGGCCCCGCGAACAAGGAUCGCACGCUUCACCCCGCAGGCCCAUAUCCAGGUCGCGACCACUAUCGCCACCCUGUCGGCGGGGGUGCACAGCAGUACUCGCCCAGCGGAUCAUUCUUGGACCACCCCCCAAGCGGCCAUGACUCGAUGGUGCCCUCCAUUUCGGGCUAUCCCUCGCCGGCCCACAUCGGCACCCCUUCGCCUCCACCGCCACCCACGCAAGUUCCCUCGGCAUUUUAUGACUCGAAAUAUCCUCCGAGCUCUCAGCCCUCGUACUCGCCGUACAGCCCGGCGUAUCCAUACCCGCCGCACCACCCCAACUCGCUGCCUGCUCUGGCGCCCCAUAUGAUGCCGCGGCCGCUCUUCAACGAACAGCCCUAUGACUACGGCUACAACUAUCAUGCGCCCUUUCCCAGUGCCCCUGUUCGAUCCGAGCCCGUCAAGGAGCCCCUGAAGGCCAUAUAAUGCGGCGCAAGCAAGCCACCGCCCCCUCCUUCCAUCAAGCUGUGUCUUGUUUGAUGGCCUAUGGAUCGGCUCAUCCUUGAUGUUGGCAGCAUGGUGCCCCCCCCCUCGUACGUUCCGACAA